AUGCUAUGUAGUGCGGGAGCAAUUGGAUUUCUCAGCUCUCUGGAAGGAGGGUCAUGUUUCAGCUUGUCUCCAUCUUCUCCCUUUCUAGCAGCCCAGGGCCUUCUACUCCUUGCUUGUGUGCUGGUCUUGGCCACUUCAGGCCUCGCCAUGAAGACACAAACCCUCCACAUCUUCAAGAAACCUCCCUCCAAUACUUUGGUGAGCGCACUGAAGAAAACCAGUUGGCCCAAGGACUGCAGUGAGGUCCCCGCUGGCAGCCCCAGUGGCAUCUACAUCAUCCAGCCCGCAGGACUCCACCGCCUCGUGGUGUACUGUGAAAUGAGUGUGACAGACGGGGGCUGGACGGUCAUCCAGAGGAACCGCUACAACACAGAGAUCACCUGGGCCGAAUCCUGGAGCACCUACAAGUACGGCUUUGGGGACGUGCGCAGCGAGUACUGGCUGGGCACCGAGUACAUCUAUCAGAUUGCCAAGCAGAAGGUCUACCAGGUCAAGUUUGUCAUCCAGGACGCCACAAACACCACCAAGUUUGCAGACUACAAUCUCUUCAGUCUGGAAGAUGAAUCUCAUGGCUACCGGUUGAGGCUGGGCUCCUACACCGGGACCGCGGGGGAUGCCAUGACAUCCGACAAUCCCAACAGUGUGCACAACAACAUGAAGUUCUCCACAAAGGACCGGGAUCAGGACAUUUACAGAGGGAACUGUGCUUCCCGCUUUGGGGGUGGGUGGUGGUACUCAGCGUGUUAUUCUGUACAGCUGAAUUUCAAGGGUGGCAUGACAUGGGGUAGCUUGUGCACUGGGAACUGCAAAUCCUCUCUCAUCCUCAUCAAACCAGCUCCCUACCAUUAG